AUGAGCUCUCCCUCUUACACACCCCCGCCUAGUGCGGCUCCUUCAUCUCCAACCCCUUCGUCGCCGGCUCCUUCAUCUCCAACCCCUUCGUCGCCGGCUCCUUCAUCUCCAGCUCCGUCGUCGCCGGCUCCUUCAUCUCCGACCUCGCCUCUGAAAGUCCCUUCGUCUCCUGCGGACUCUGUCACAGACUUUGAUCUAUCAUCUGCGCCGCCGAAGACUCCCACCAAGGCAACCACAGACGCACCUACACCGGAAGGCCCCAAGCGCACGCCUGCUGUACGCUUGAGACAGUCCGUCGCGACAUCACUUGUGGGAAGGAUCUUGAACGAACAUAUCAACAACGAAAAUACCAAGGACAUGGAGGGCAAAUGGCUUGGGCCUAUCCCCACCGACCAAUGGAAGCGCGAUCUCGGACCCCAGAGCAAAACGACACCACCGACCAAGACCAUCCCAUUUCACACCGUCGCUACGACUACCAACGGUGAAGCGAGCUUUGUGGAAGCCAUCAACAGCAGCGGGAUAUUCGAAGGGUUCCAGCUGUGGUGCAGUGACACACAUGCGGUGUACGGACGCGACGAGACCACGGACAGGGAGCGCUCCUUCCAUCUUUCUCCCGAUGUCGCGAUAUUUGGGAGGGACGAUAUCAGGCUGGAUGCGGGAGACGAGGAACGUCUGGAGCGUAUGCUAGGCGAGAUGGCUGUCGUUGGUGACUUGAAGAGCUCCAACCAGCAGGAUCCCUGUCUGGCUCUCACGACUCCUGAGGACCGCCGACUUCUCGGGAUAUUGGAGUCGCUCACGGACACCGAGCUGUCACGGCUUGUCCGCGGGCAACUCCUCACAUACGCUCGUGCCAUCUGCGCGAACAGCCACCGCACGCACCUCUACGGCUUCAUCAUUCUUCCGCGCUACGCACGCUUGCUGUACUUCGACAGGAGUGCCGUCGUCUACUCCGAACUCUUUGACUGGCGCGAGACAUCGGUCCUCGCCGAGUUCUUCCAGCAAUUCGCAGUUGCCGGCCCUCUCGCGCGCGGCUACGACCCCUCUGUCCAGAAGAUCUCUGCCGAUGACAAGCUCGUACGGGACGCGGGUACAAUCUUUAAUAAGGCGUACGAUGCAGGCGAUGAACUCCCCGACGACAUCACCUGGGACAGCGUCUUCAAGUCCGUCAGGUCCGCCGACACGACCUACUGGUUGUGCAACGUCUACGACGAAAAGACGCGCACCUUCCAUCGCGUUCUCACUUAUCGUGUGCAUACGUCGACUCCGUACUUUGCCGGCCGCGCUACGUGCGGUUACGUCGGCGUUGACAUCGACCGGAAGUCUGUCGCAUACAUGAAGCGCAGCUGGCGCAUCGGCCUCCCCUCUUUCCCUAAGGAGCGCGACAUCUACCUCUCGUUUGAGGAGUCGGAGGGAGGAGGGCCGGUGCCCCACCUCCCCGGAUGUUACUUCGGGGGAGACGUGCCGCGUAACUCGGACAGCCUAGCCAAGGAUUACUUCGAUUGGGUGGAAGCAGGGAAGCCUGGAGGGUCUUGGACGCCUCCAUCCGACAUCGAACCCAUCUGCACUGUGACGCCGGACUACGCCGACGCUCAUAAUAUUCGCCGUGGUGCCUCGGAUCGCACCGACCUCACCGACGCACAGAUCGAGGUCAUUCCAUACGUUCUCACCGUGACGCUGUUCAGCAGGAUUGGGGGCCGGCUUCGUGACUUCAAGAGUACGCGUCAGCUCUGUACUGCCGUUCGCGAUGCACUUGAGACUCACGAUGUGGCAUAUCGAUUGAAGAAAAUUCUCCACCGCGAUGUCAGCGAGUCGAACAUACUCAUCGCGAAGAUCAAGGGCAAGAAAGGCGAGGUCGAAGGGCUACUCAUUGACUGGGACCUAUGUGUUGAACUCUGGAAAUACUUGACGGCGCGCCGCAAGGGUCGUACAGGGACUUGGGCAUUCAUGUCGGCACGUAUGCUCGAAAAGAACCAGAGCUUCGUCCAUGAAGCCGUCGAUGAUCUUGAGUCGUUUUGUUACGUCUUACACUGGGAGGUGUUUCACUACCGGCACACUGUGCCGUUCAACAGGAAGUCAAUCCUGCUGCAACAGAUGCGACAAGCCUUCAGUCCCAGCGAAAGUGUACUCGAUGCCGAGGCGGGUGCAAACGCCAAGAAGAACUUUUUGACCGGCCAGAUUGAAGUGUUCGAACUCGCAACAAAAACUACUACGCCGGUCGGGCUUCGGAAUAUCAUGCGUGGCAUCCGUUACCCGUUUGGUAUGAUAUACACCCACCCGCCCGUGAAGCCAGAGUAUCCCGCCACGCUCGACCCCGAUGUCGAGAUCGACUACCAGCGGGACUUGGAAAUUCACGAGCGCAAGUCCGCCAAAGGAAUGACUAUGUGCACACAUACUCAUAUGCUCAAGGCAUUCAACGACGCCUUGGCCGACGCCGACCUCUGGACCGGUGAUGGCUGUGCGAAGGAUAUGUAUCCGCCUGUGGUCUGCAAGGCGUACGAUCAAGGGAAAGAUCUCGCCGACUUCUACGAGACGGACGAUGUCACUGGUAGUGUCAACGCGUUGAGGCGGUCGCAGGCGAAUAUCAUACUCAAGCGUUCGGCUGACGAUGCAGGCCUUCUUGUCCGCGCCCCGCGUGCCUACACUCCCGGCUCUGGUCGCAGUCGCACCGAGAUUACUGCCGCUAUUCGUUCCUCUGGUACUACCGCGACAAACUCUUCGGGAACGACCGCUGCCAGUGCUACAGUGGCCGGCGAAGCUGGCGACAGUUCCGAGUCGUCGGCAGAGGGCUCGCGCAAGAGGCAGCGGGUUGGUUGA